AAAAAAAAAAAAAAAUGGAUGCGAAACAUAUAGUUCUAUGCUUCUUGCUAACGUACGUCUUCUCCAUGGCGGCAGCCUCAUCGGAAGCUGAGCCUCCGGCAACAAGGAAACUCGGCAGGCACGAAUGGCCAGGAGAGGAGGCAGAAGCACCGGAGGUUUCACAUUUGGAAGAGACUGUACGGCGAGGCCACCACCAUUCCACGGUGGAAAGAUCGGUUGCCGGAGGUGGAGUUAUUCUCGGAGGCUUAGCUACAACGUUUCUUGUGGUAGUGUUUUGCUAUAUAAGGGCUACGAGGAAACACAAACCCAAUUAUGAUGAAAAGGAGACUGAGACCCCUAAAGUGUUAGUUUAAUUUUGACUUUUCGUUAAUCUUUGUAAAUAUUUUCUUUGUAUUUUGGUUUUUGUGAUAUAAAAUGAUUCUAUUUUAUUUUUUGUCUUCUUCGUAUUUAGUUAUAUAAUUUGAGCUUCAUUCUCAUUCUCUGUUUAUUUUCCAAGUUUUAAAUUUAUCUUACAAAAUAAUAAAAGUCACAUUAAAUU